CCCCGCCCCCACCUCGCCGCUUCCCGGGGGCGGCGGCGGCUGUCGGCGUGGCCGGGCGCGGUACCGCCUCCCUCCGCGGCUGCGGGCGGAGCCGAGCAGAACCGAGUCUAGCCGAACGCAGCCUACUACUCGGCCGCUGUGCGCCCGGGGCUGCGGAGGCUGAGGCGCCUGCGGCGGCCUCGCCAUGACGGCGGCGAUGAGGCAGAGGUUUGACAAGUUCCUGCACGAGAAGAACUGCAUGACCGCCGUGCUCGAGCGGAUCGAGAGCAAGACCGGCGUCAACCGCACCUACAUCGCCACUGCCAUCCUCGGGGCGGUGGCCGUGUACCUGGUGGUGGGCUACGGGGCGUCCCUGCUCUGCAACGUCAUCGGCUUCGCCUACCCCGCCUACGUCUCAAUCAAGGCCAUUGAAAGUCCCAACAAAGACGACGACACACAGUGGCUGACUUACUGGGUUGUGUAUGGUGUUUUCAGCAUAGUGGAAUUCUUCUCUGAUAUCUUUCUGUCCUGGUUCCCAUUCUACUACAUGCUAAAGUGCGGGUUCCUGUUGUGGUGUAUGGCUCCAAGUCCUUCUAAUGGGGCAGAGUUUCUGUAUCAUCGAAUUAUCCGGCCAUUCUUCCUGAAGCAUGAAGCUCAGCUCGACAGUGUUGUUAAAGACCUGAAAGACAAGGCUGCAGAGACUGCAGAUACCAUCACUAAAGAAGCCAAGAAAGCAACAGUGAACUUACUGGGUGAGGAAAAGAAGAGUACCUAAACUAUUAACUGGAUAAAGUUUCCCUACCACCUCCUGUAUGAAAUUUAAUGUUACUGGGAACUGUGGUAUUAUUUUAAUAAUACUGCCUUGGAAACAUUUUGAUAUAUUAAGGGAAUGUGUUGUAAGUUUGCUUACUACUUUGCUGUGUCUGUAUAGAAAGUAAGCAUUUUUAUUUAAAAGCAAUGCAGUGGGCAGCACGUGAAGCUUAAUGAAAGUAUUUUAUUCAUAUUCAUGCAGAAGAAAUCUUUCAUUAAUCUCUUUCUGCAGUAACAUAAAUAAAAAGUAUAUAUCCCACAGGA